AUGCCUUACCACAUAGUCAGCAAAAAUCCCGCUGCUGGGUCUUCUUGUCUUUCACGAUCCAGUGUGUGGUGGCAGAGGCACCUUGAGCUGCUAUACCCAGCAAGGCUGAAAGCUGAGGAAGGCAACCUGGGGCCAGAGGAAGGUGGUGGCUUGUACUGGCUGCAAAUUCAUACUACUGCACUAUCUUGCUCCCUUCUCUCUCAAAUAAAUACCAAACAUGUACAGAUACUAUCGCCGGUGAGCAUCACUGACUCAGUGGACAUUAAUUUGAGCAAACUCUGGGAGAUAGUAGAAGACAGAGGAGCCUGGUGUGCUACAGUCCAUGGGGUUGCAAAGAGUCAGAUAUGA